UGCCUUUAAUUCCAAGUACCAUUAACUUACGCUUUAAAUCGGUCAAAAAUUCAUCAAAGCUUUUCCAGAGAAAUCUCGCAAAGUCAAGAGUCAAGAAAGACGGGUGUGUAUUUGUGUGCUUUUUGUUUGUGCACCAUCAAUUUCUUAUCGUCUCUGAGUGAGAAAGGGAGACAACAAACAGAUUUCCUUUCGGAGCUCCAUUUUUGAACCAUUUUGAGGUUUACAAGUGAAGUUGGACAAAAGAGAUGUCUUUGAAUGGAAAAGUACGCCCUGAUUGUUAUUAUGCAUCUAAUCCUUAUCAUGAAUGCACUGAUACCUGCUUGAAGAGGAUCGCUGAAGGCGGGGGCCGUACGGAUAGAAAGAAAAAAGAUAAUGGCAGUGUUAAAAAAGGUGGUGUGCUCAACAAAAAGUAUGACGAAAAAAGAGUGCACCAAGCAUGCACUAAGGCAUCUAAUCCUUACCAUGAAUGUAAUCAAAAUUGCGUCAAAAGAAAUGCUGGAGCUGAAGGACAAGAGGGAAUAAAAGAAUCAGGCUCCCUCCUUAAUAUAAAGUUGGGAAGGAAAAAGAUGACGGAAUCCCGAACAAUGCCACCUCCUCGAGAGAUUGUAAACACACCCACCCGAGAUAGAGUCUACAAUUCCAGUGCUACAAUGCCCCCGGCACGUUUCCCUCCUUCAGACAAGAUUGAACAACAGAAUGGGAAGCAUUAUUCUUCUGAUCUACAGUCUGGAGAAAUUCACGAGGAAGAUCCUCCUUUCAUUGACAAGCUAGCUCAUUUCCCAUAUCUGGCACCUGCAUCUGGAAUUCUCACAACGGCUGAUCCUCACAAUCCUUACAAAGACCCGCCAAGGGAAGCUGUUAAAUCCAAUGAUAGUGAACCACCACUACAUCAGAAGGGGAACGAAAACCAUAAUGAACUGUCUGGAGCAGGUCCACACCCCAUCAAUGGUGAAGCGAGAAAAGGAACUACCGGUUCAGCCCCAGGGGCCUUGAGCUUUACUUUCUCAGGUAUAGUUGAUAGUGAUGAUGACGAAGUUCAAUCGGUAACGUCCGAUGCUAGUGUGUCAGUGGGAAAAUACCGCGUUAAGGGAAGGUUGUCUGCCAUUAUGCAUUCGAUCUUCGACAAGUAUGGUGACGUAGCAGCGGGUUGUCAAUUAGAAUCAAUCGCAAUGCGAUCUUAUUAUCUAGAAUGUGUGUGCUUUGUGGUUCAAGAGUUGCAAACUACACAAACAGCGCAGCUGUCAAAGAACAAAUUGAAAGAAAUGUUAGCUAUUGUCAAGGACGCAGAAUCUAUAGGAAUGGAUGUCGGUUGGCUACGGCGAGUGCUCAGUGAAAAUGCAGAAACCCUCGAGCUGAUCAGUCAGCAUCAAGCCAUGGAGGAAGCGAAGACAAAUUGCGAGGAUGACAUAAAAUCAAUGAGGAAGAAACUAGAAUCUCAGAUGGAGGGUUUGGCUUUGAAAGAGGAGGAGAUUGCUGAUGCCCAGAGGGAAAUAGCUGAAACCAAAGCCCAUCUGAGGGAGUUGGAGCUGAAAUCUUCAGUUCUGACUGAUACUGUUAGUUCUGUUAAGUCCAAGGUUGAAGCUCUCAAUGGCAAAUCCAUGUUGGAUGGAGUCUUGUGAAACAACCGCAAAGAAGUUAGUUUUUUUAUUGAGUUUUUUUUUUUUUUUUUUUUUUUUUUGUGUAAUUCGUUGAAGGUUAGGGUCAUUCCCUUUUCAUAGUAACCUAUGAAACAAUAGAAUACGCCAUAAGGCUUUAAAGUUAUGUAUUUUAUUCUUUUAGUACAACUGUACAAGACGUUAGUAAGUGUUUGGUAUUGAAGGCGUUGUCUACGUUUAGUUUUUAAA